AAACGGGACUGUCCCACGCGUGAAUGGCACAUAUUUUCACGGUAUGCAAGUUGAUGAAAGUGAUUCGAGCAGCAGAGGAAGCUCCAGUGCGCCUCGUAUGUUUUCCUUGUGGUCCCUGCGUAGAUUUUAACAGCGGAUGCACGCUGCUAUCACAACAUCAGAGCAAUUUGAGGGCGCGCGAAAGUUCACAUCCGAGUCCUGAGUGUGUGUGUGACUGUGUGUAUGUGUCUGAGUGUGUGUGCUCUGCCUGUCUAAUAGAGUGACCCCCCAGCACGCCGUUUUAAAGGGAAGACAAGAAAGCUGAGUCAACGAAUCGCGAAGAGAAGGAUGCAACAGUUGAUGUGCGCGACUUGCACAGUUUUCUGGUGUUUGGAGACGGCGCGCGCACACGGAGGAUGGUGGCUUUGAUGUGUGUGGAGGAAGGAGCGGAUGUUUUCUUGCUUUAAAACCCUCAUCUGUCAGAUUAAAUCAAUCAGAGAGAUCUGCGUGUCUCGACAAAAGGCAGCUGCAGCGUGUCCACUCGCGCGUCCUCUCUCUCUCGCCAAAAUGGACAUUUGGACAGAGACGCUUUUGGAGGGACUUCUUCACGCACUGCUGCUGGAAUGGAGUUGAAGCGGGGGUUUCGGAUGGUCUGCGGCGGCGGCGAGGAGGAGUAGCAGCAGGAGCAGCAGUGCAGUCUGCAGCAACAUGCAUCGGAUUCUGCAGAGGAGGCGAGUGCGCAAGCUGCGGGUCGUCUGGGCUUCUCUGGCCCUGGUGGCGCUGUCUCUGGCCGCGUGCAGCGCGCUGUUUACGGCGUGGACUUGGCGACAGACGCGGGACCUGUCGCAGUCCUUUAAAGUCCUGCAGGACCGACUGGAGCAGGUCAACACGCAGAGGAAAGCCAUCGUGCAGCUCAUUCUGGAGAAGCGAGAGCUGCUUGUGGGCCAGAGAGUGAAAAGAGACGGGGGGGCGGCGCGAGGGAGGAAUGGAAACGGAAAGAAAGCGGCGUCUCAUUUUGAGAUCACCAAAGUCUCCUCUCAGCAAGUUGGAGAGGGUGGUGUGAUAAAAGGUUGGGAGGAGAGGACGCUGAAUAUGAGCAAAGCGGUGAGGUACAACAAAGAUCUGGGCACCUUCACUGUGGAGAAAGCAGGCGUCUACUUCCUGUUUUGCCAGGUGUUGUUCAACGAGCAGCAGUCUCAGUAUGUGAAGCUGGACGUGGUGACCAGCGGACAGAGGCCUCAGAAGCUGCAGUGCAUGGAGGGAUACGGGACGACCCCCUCCGCCGGACCACACCCUUUCCACUUCCUGAAGCCGUGCCAGGUGUCCGGACUGCUGCGGCUGGACCGAGGAACCGAGCUGCAGGCCAUCACGGGCCCCUCCUUCAGACUCCACACUGUUGGCAAUCCCUCAGCCUCGCCUCACAUCUUCAGCAUCUUUAAAGUCAACUGAAGCUUUGAGUCUCAUCUGGGACCAAAAAAAGAAAAUGACUUUUUACGCGGAUGACAUUCUUUUCUAUGUGGUAAAACAGUCAUGAGCAAUCAGGACAUAAAAUCAAGCCACGGCCUCUUCCCAAAGACGUUAAUUUGAAAGACAGACCAGGCAUUUGUGGAAGUUGUUGUGGAAUUUUUUCUCUGGACAGCUGUGCUGUUUUGGAAUGGAAAAAACAGACUUUUGGAUUAAAACCAAGACACAAAGUAGACAGAAUGCCAGGAUGAAUGUCUGCCGGGAGAACAGAUGAUGGACGGAAGCUGUUCUAUAGAUAAAGGGCAUCUUAUAAAAAGGAAACUAGCCUUCUUAUCAAGUCAUAAAAUGUGCUUACACUCUCUUUAUAAGACUGACAGUAAAGUUGCACCUUCCACUUUUUUUAUAUCACCGCAGCCUCAAGAAGCUGAGAGCACGUCUGCAAGUGUUAGAUCCCAACACUAUAAACAGCCUACAUGAGUUGUCAGUGAUAUUUUAUAUGAUUUAGUGUCAGCGUGUGUUUGUACGAUGUUAUGAAUCAAGCCUUUUUAUUUUUAUUGAUUUUAUGAUCUUUACAAUGCAACAAGUGUGAAAUUCCCUUGUCUCUUCUUUGAAUACUCUGUAUAUAAUUCACACGUCUUUUAUGUAUGUGCAUAUCAAGUUGGAAGGAGCAAAGGAAGGGAACAUUUAAAUACAUGGAUGUGAAUUUGUGCUCUUUUUUAAGGUCAGAUUUGAUUGUAAGGUAUUUUUGUGUAUAGUGUUGGCUUAACUGUCCUGUUGUUAAGCAAAAUGUAUGGUUUUGAAUAUAGCUUUUGCCCUUUUUU